ACCUCACUACUCGAUCUCGUCUCAUCAGUGUGAGUGUCCGAGCACGGCAGCACGCGCAAUGGACGCUCUGCUCGUGACUACGACCUUCCUCGUCCCCGUGGUGGCGCUCCUCCUCGGGUCCGGGUCCGGGUCCGCGGCGGCGCUGCCGCGCGCCUUCUUCGUGUUCGGUGACUCCCUCGUGGACAACGGCAACAACAACUACCUGAUGACGACGGCGCGCGCCGACGCGCCGCCCUACGGGAUCGACUUCCCCACGCACAUGGCCACGGGGCGGUUCUCCAACGGGCUGAACAUCCCCGACAUCAUCAGCGAGCACCUCGGCUCCCAGCCCGCGCUGCCGUACCUGAGCCCCGACCUCCGCGGCGCCCAGCUCCUGGUGGGCGCCAACUUCGCGUCCGCCGGCGUCGGCAUCCUCAACGACACCGGCAUACAGUUCGUGAACAUCAUCAGGAUCGGGCAGCAGCUGCGCAACUUCCAGGAGUACCAGCAGAGGCUGGCGGCGUUCGUCGGCGACGAGGACGCGGCGCGGCAGGCCGUCAGCGACGCGCUCGUGCUCAUCACGCUCGGCGGCAACGACUUCGUCAACAACUACUACCUGGUGCCCUUCUCCGUCCGCUCUCGCCAGUUUGCCAUCCAAGACUACGUCCCCUACCUCAUCUCCGAGUACAGGAAGAUCCUCACGCGGCUGUACGAGCUCGGGGCCCGGCGCGUGGUGGUGACGGGCACCGGGAUGAUCGGGUGCGUGCCGGCGGAGCUCGCCAUGCACAGCGUCGACGGCGAGUGCGCGCGCGACCUCACGGAGGCGGCCGACCUCUUCAACCCGCAGCUGGUGCAGAUGCUCUCGGAGCUCAACGCCGACAUCGGCGCCGACGUCUUCAUCGCCGCCAACACCAACCGGGUCAGCUUCGACUUCAUGUUCAACCCGCAGGACUACGGGUUCGUGACGUCCAAGGUGGCGUGCUGCGGGCAGGGCCCCUACAACGGGAUCGGGCUAUGCACGCCGGCGUCCAACGUGUGCCCCAACCGGGACGUGUACGCGUACUGGGACGCGUUCCACCCCACGGAGCGCGCCAACCGGAUCAUCGUCGGCCAGUUCAUGCACGGAUCCACCGACCACAUCAGCCCCAUGAACAUCAGCACCAUCCUCGCCAUGGACAACAGGAACUAGGCCCUGCGCGUGGCGUGCCUCGACCUCCAUCCAUCCAUCCAUCCAUCUCAAUCCCAGCUGGCUAGCUGCUAAUCUGCCAUUGAUCCGUCCGCGUCCGGACACUGGCAGCUAUACUACGACUACGACGACACACAUAGCUACUGCAUGCAUGCGUAAUACUACUAGUAUAAGUUCGUGUCAUUGGUAAUUGGUUAUGUUCAUGAAGCUUCUUUUUUGUGGUUUAGAUUGACGUGAAUUGAUGGUGAGAAAUUAAUCCUUUAUUAGAGAUGCAUGGGUUCAAUAU